UGCCAGAGCCUCUGCUGUCUUUAGAAGUCUCCAGCGAAGAAAACGCGGCAAAUUAGCAUGGAUUCUGUAGGUGAUCUUAAAAUCAUGGUCAGGGUUGGCAGAAUGACAGGAGUCUAUCAGGUGUUCUAUCAUAGAGCUUCGCACACACUUCCUUUCUCCCUUGUAAAACCGUGCUGGAAUACGUUUUCGUAUCCGUGUGGAAAGCGUUCUGUGUCUACGGCCAAUGUAGCUUGCUCCACAAGAGCAGGUGAGCUAGUGGAUAUACACGGGAGUGACCAGAUUGGGAGCUUAUCUUCUACAGAGAUGGAGAACAACUUGCGGCUGGUGAACGUCAUUUGUAAUUUCGCUGCAAAGAAAGUCUCACAGACUGAUUUAGAGAGACGGUUUUUGAGCAUAUCUGAAGCUUGAUCAUCUUUGAAUUCCAAGUUCAUGAACACAGUU